AUGCCAUUCCUCCCCUCAACACCCGAGCCCAAAACACACUCAUUCUCAUCUUCUUGCACCCCCACCGGGAAUGGGGAAAGGAAGACAUGUCGAGAGGGGCAAGGGAGGAUAAUGGGGCGUCAGUGGGAUGGUCCAUAUCCAGAUCGGCGUCUACGAGGCACGACACGGCUGGCGCAAUAUCGCUGCUUCCCAGGUCUCUGGUAUUGUACACACGGCCUGCUGCCGUCCUUGGAUCAUUAG